AAAAAUCUUACAAUAUUAUGUUCAGAUAGUUAAGUGGUAGUGACGAUAAUCAUAAAGCGCACCGCGUGUCUGAAAUUCUUAAACGCAGUGAAACUAUCAAAGUAGAAGGAUGACGUCGUUUGCUUUACCGGUUGUACUUGGAUUCGGUCGUGUUGCGAUAGAAAAUGUUUACCAAAACAGCAAAAGUCUGCUUUUACGGCCUAGAAAAUGUUCGUCGUUCUUCGUUUCGAGUAAAAGAAAUUUUGGAACUGUAAUUGAAAAUCAAAAGGACAGCAAUCAAACUAAUUCGAAUCCAAAUUUAGUUGAGAGUGAGCAAAAGUUGAAGUCAGAAAUUGAAUUAUUGAACAAGGAUAUUGAGGAAUUGAAAGAAAAAAAUGAAGAGCUCGAUGAUAAAUAUAAGAGGGCCUUAGCUCAUAGUGAAAACUUAAGAUUAAGAUUGACUAAGCAAAUUGAGGACGCAAAGCUAUUUGGAAUACAAGGAUUUUGUAAAGAUUUGUUAGACGUCGCAGAUAUUUUAGGUAAAGCAACGGAAAGUGUCCCCAAAGAUGAGAUCUCUGAGAGAAAUCCUCACCUAAAGAGUCUCUACGAGGGCCUCGUUAUGACAGAAGCUCAAUUGAAUAAAGUAUUCAAAAAGCAUGGUGUUAUAUCGUUAAAUCCCUUGAACGAACGAUUCGAUCCCAAUCAACACGAGGCAUUAUUUCAACAAGAAGUCGAUGGGAAAGAGCCCGGAACGGUUGUCGUUGUUUCAAAAGUUGGUUACAAAUUACAUGAGAGAAUAGUUCGACCUGCCCUGGUUGGUGUCGCAAAAGGCUAAAAAAAUUUAUUUCUUAUUUCAACGAAUGGAUAAUCUUCUAUCAAGAAUAUUUUAAGCGCAUU